AUCCAUAUAUAUACUCCUUCAGCUUUCAAAAUUACGGAAUAUCUCAAUUUUCCGUGAUAUUUGAUGGAAUUUUUAUCCGCCACAUGUUUUGUUCGGAAGCACAGCCGAAGAUCACAAAGUGUGAACACACAAUAGCCAAUAGGUUGUGUUUCUGAUGAGGCUAGGCCUAAACCAAGAAAAAUGAGCAACCUUGAAGCUCCUUUUGAUUCUACAGUACCUUCAAUCUGCACCAGUAAUAGUUGUGGGGAAGAUAUUCAUCAAGGAACAGAAGAGCCACCUGUGAAAAUAGCUCUUGGUAUUUCAAAGCGGCAAAAGAAAAAAUUAGAAAAAAAGCAAAAAUGGCUUGCUACUAAGGAAGAAAGAAAGCAAAAAGAGAGAGAAAGAUUAAAAUUGAAAAGGAAAGCCAAGCGUGAGGCAGGUAUAGAGCUGGGGCCUUCUAGAAAGUUACUGAAGCUUUGUACUAUGGCCAAUAGCAACUGCAAGCAACGCAUUGUUAUUGACAUGUCAUAUGAUGGUUAUAUGAAUGAAAAAGAUCUGUGCAAAUCAGUCAAGCAGCUGCACAGAUGCUACAGCAGCAACAGAAGAGCUAAAAACCCAGCACAGCUUUAUGUAACUUCAUUUCACGGUCCAAGUGCUCAAAUAAUGGAAAGGAAUAAUGGAUUUAAAAACUGGGAUAUACAUUUUAAGGAAGAAAGUUACCUUGAUUUAUUUUUUAAAAAAGAUGUUGUUUAUUUAAGUAGUGAUUCAGAGAACGUUGUAAAUGAACUAGAUGAAAACAAAAUCUAUGUUAUAGGAGGCCUUGUUGAUCAUAACAACCACAAAGGUCUAUGUCACCGAUUAGCCUGUGAGAAUGAAGUUAAUCAUGCAAGACUCCCUAUCAAUGAAUUCAUGAAAAUGAAAACUAGGCAAGUUUUGACAAUUGAUCAUGUAUUUCAAAUUUUAUUAGCUGUAACUGAAGGAAAAAGUUGGAAAAAUGCAUUUUUAGGUAUUAUUCCUGCAAGAAAAGGUGCUACUGCCCUUGAUGACAGCAAUGAAUGUAUUUAAACUGUCAAGAUAAUUGAAUCUUAAACAAUAGUUUCAAAUAGCGGAAGGGCUUGGGUUGUAAAAUUUAGUAUCAAAUCCUAUUGAAUCAAUGUUAGCAAUUUUCCCUUUAUAGCUCAAUUUAUUCGAUAUCAACUGUCAUAUUUGUUUAACUUGGAAGAUUGUUUAAUAUUUACUACAUCACCAUAAAUUUGGGAUUAAGAUAAUUCAAACUUGUUAGCUUUUCCCCUAAAGAGUUGAUCAGUUUUAACUUAUUUUGUACAAUAAAUAUUAAGCUAAUCAAAUGUGGAUUAAUUAUAAAAAACUAAACUGUUGACAGGUCUUUUAAUUCAAAUUAACCAUAUGAUCAAAGUAUGUCGCCUAAUUUUUAGUUGUUCGUACAUUUAUGUUGCGUAAAUUUUUAGUUUUUGUAUGCCCAACAAAAUUGUGAGUAUCGUUUUAUUGAUUUCAGGAAAAUCUCCAUGGUAA